UUUUUUAACUCUUGGAGAGGGAAUCAAGUAAAUCCAGCAAUGAAUAUGAGUGUAAGAAUAUGGCAUGGCAUGUGUUGAUGCCACAGUAACGACCAUGCAACGGCCGUUUAGUUGCUGCCACAGGCGGCAACAAUUUUUCGGAACGAAUAUUAUCGUUAUCGGUAUUUUUCUAUUAUUGUUUGUGUAUUAUGUUAGUGCUGAAAAUCGUCAAAAACCAUGUACAGGAUGUACAAACGCUGCGAAAUGUGAUUGUCGAGGUAUUAAAGGUUUUCCUGGUAUAAAAGGUAUUGCAGGAGUACAAGGACAGCAAGGUUUACCUGGACCUGAAGGAUUUCCUGGACCAUAUGGACCACCGGGUGAAAAAGGUGCAGAUGGAGAUAUCGGUUCUCCAGGAGAAAAAGGACAACGGGGUCCAAAAGGGAUUCCUGGUUUAAAAGGAAUUGAAGGAAGAGAUGGAACACCAGGGAAAAAAGGUGAAAGAGGAUAUGAUGGAAUUAAAGGCUGUGAUGGAGAAGAUGGCCAAGAAGGACGUUCUGGAAGACCUGGAGUCUACGGUGCUAGAGGAAUUGAUGGUUCGAUUGGUUUGCCUGGUAUGCCAGGAGAUGCAGGUGUCGGUGGCUCAAAUUCUAAAGGCGAUAAAGGGGAUACCGGCGAUAGUGGAAGAGACGGUCUUCGGGGUUUUGAUGGUGGUAUUGGUUUACCAGGACCUAGAGGACUUGAAGGACCGUCUGGUGAUACGGGACGUAAAGGUAUAAUGGGAGAUUACGGCGAACGAGGAGACGAAGGUGAUUCUACCCCCGCUUUAAAAGGUUUUAAAGGAGAACAAGGUGAUCAAGGACCACCUGGUCAAAGAGGCGGUGGGAACUUUUUAACGAAUAGUGCAAAAGGAGUUAAGUUUGUAAAAGGGGAAAAAGGGGACAUGGGUGAUGAUGGUGAUGAAGGAGAUUCUCUAAGAGGUGAACCUGGAUUAAGAGGAUCUGAAGGUGAUCAAGGUGAUAUUGGAUUUCAAGGAUUUAAGGGCGUAAAAGGAGAUAUUGGAAUUGAUGGAAAUCGUGGAAAACAAGGAAAGCAAGGUCUACGCGGGCCAACUGGUAUUAAAGGAAGCAAAGGGGCACCAGGUUACACGGGAGAAGACGGAGAAGAUGGACCUCCUGGAGAAUUUGGCGAGCCUGGCUAUAUAGGUCAACCUGGUUUUCAAGGUGCAGAAGGAGAAAAAGGUGCUUAUGAUCCAACCUUGGACGAAGUAGUCGGGGGUGUCGUUGGUCCUCAAGGACCUCAGGGAGAAGAUGGACCAAUGGGCUUAGAAGGUAAACCAGGAAAACCUGGGCCAAUGGGAUAUAUUGGUCCUGCUGGACCCCCUGGACAAAGAGGCCCACGCGGUGUUACUGGACCAAAAGGUAUUUCAAUUAAAGGAGAAGGAGGAGUUGAUGGUUUAAAUGGUAUCCCAGGGCAAAUUGGAUUGCCUGGAGAUGAAGGCGCGCCAGGGUUACCUGGACUUAAAGGAUUAGAAGGGCAAACUGUCUAUGGCCCAAAAGGGUAUCGAGGUAGCCCUGGUGAAAAUGGUUUCUGGGGUUUACCAGGUGAUCGCGGAGCUACUGGUGCAUCGGGACCUAAAGGUUUCCCCGGACAAGGUAUAAAUAAAAUUGGACCUACAGGUGAACCUGGUCCCCCAGGAGAACCAGGAGAACCAGGAGAAGGUUAUGAUGCUUUGCCUGGACGACUUGGGCCUUUGGGAUCGAAAGGUGAUCGUGGUGAUGAUUGUGGAGUCUGCUUACCUGGUACACCUGGCGUGAAAGGAGAUUCUGGUGACUCUGGUCGGGAUGGUGCUCCGGGAAUUCCUGGUAAACGAGGAUUAAUCGGACCUCGAGGUAUUAAAGGGAAGUCAGGUUUACCUGGACCUGAAGGUAAUCCGGGUAUUCAAGGAAAUCAAGGAAAUAUGGGCUCAAAAGGUUUACCUGGAAGAAAAGGGCGCGAUGGGUCAACUAAAUUCAAAGGAGAUAGCCAACUACAAGAAGGUGAAAAAGGUGACACUGGUUAUAGAGGUGUUAUUGGAGAGCCUGGAGAGAAAGGAGAUCAAGGAGAUUACGGUUUGCCGGGAUUACCGGGACGGAUUGGUUAUCGUGGUCAAAGAGGAGAUGCUGGAGAAGAUGGUCAGCCUGGAAGAUAUGGUUUGCCCGGUGUUGAUGGCUUACCAGGUCGAAAAGGGCAACCAGCUGACUACAUCGAUAUUGACUUAUUGAAAGGACAACGUGGGCCACCAGGAAGAGAUGGAGAAGUGAAAGGUAUCCAAGGAGAUAAAGGUGCUCCUGGGGACCCUGGUGAAAGUAGUGAACAUACUAUUAAUCUAAAAGGUGAUCCAGGCCUAAAAGGGUCACCAGGAGAAGAAGGAUUAAGAGGUUACCCUGGAGUAAAGGGAGAAGAUGGUGAGACUGGUUUGAAAGGUUUUAAAGGUGAUCGCGGAUCAGCAGGAAUUGGCAUUCAAGGCAUUAAAGGAUAUAAAGGUUACCCUGGUUCUACUGGAAAACAGGGACCCAAGGGUCCAAGAGGCUAUUUAGGAAAACCUGGAUUACCUGGACGUCAUGGAUUACCAGGAAAGAAAGGUGAUCGCGGUGAUCAAGGAUAUAGUAUAAUACCUGGUGAAUAUGGUCCAAUUGGUCCCAAAGGUGAAGAAGGUGAUGAUGGUUUAGAAGGACCUCCGGGUCCUCAAGGAAGAUCAGGUUUUCCAGGUCCAAAAGGGCAGCGUGGUUUACCAGGCGAAGCAGGUGUACCAGGUUUACCAGGUCUAAUUGGUCCCAAAGGAGUUAUUGGAAUAUCAAUUCCUGGGCAGCCUGGUUUACCCGGAUUUGAUGGACGUCCUGGACUUCCUGGUCAAAUAGGUGAUAAAGGUUUGCCAGGUCUAGAAGGGCCACCUGGAUAUGAAGGCCCGAAAGGAGAAAAAGGAGAUGUCGGACUGCAGGGCAGAAGAGGAAUAGAUGGUAUUAAAGGAAUUAAAGGACGUCAAGGUGCGCUAGGAGUAUGGGGCUUAACUGGCGAUGCUGGUGAAGAUGGUGAAAUGGGAAUCAUGGGUGGCAUGGGACCUCCAGGCUUACCAGGUCGACCAGGCCCUGUUGGAAUAUCUGGCCCUAAAGGUGAACAUGGUGAUCCUGGAUUCGAAGGAUUACCAGGUUUUCCAGGAGCACCAGGAUUACCAGGUCCAAGAGGUGAUAGAGGUCUACCUGGUAAAAAAGGACGACGGGGAGAAUCACCUUUCAGUGGAUGGAAAGGUGACGUUGGUGAACCAGGAUUCGAUGGUCCACCAGGUCCAAAUGGUCUACCUGGAAUUGAUGGGAAAAAAGGAGAACCAGGUGACCCAGCACCUAUCUUUGAUGGAACACCCGGAGAAAAAGGUGAGAAAGGUAAUCCUGGACGAUUCGGCAAAGAUGGCGUUGAUGGAUUACGCGGACCAAGAGGAAAUCCUGGUCUUCCAGGAUUUAAAGGGGUACAAGGAGACGCAGGCCCAAAGGGAUAUCAAGGUUAUCAAGGACGCGAUGGUCGCAAUGGUGAAAAAGGUCCACGAGGCCCGACUGGAUUCCCAGGACUAGAUGCACAAAAAGGAGAGAGAGGAAUGGAUGGUGAGCCUGGAUAUAUGGGAUUACCUGGUUUGCCAGGUGAUGCCGGAUAUCCUGGUCCUAAAGGAAUACGUGGACCACCUGGACCGCAAGGAAGAAAAGGAUUACCAGGUUUUACUGGUUGGCAACCAGCCACAAAAGGUGAUCGGGGAGAAUUCGGCCUACACGGUUUACCAGGUGAAGAAGGCCGAAUGGGUGUUGUUGGUUAUACUGGUUACAAAGGAGAUAAAGGAGACAUAGGCGAUAUGGGCAGACGUGGACCUAACGGAGAUAAUGGAUAUCCCGGUGAAAUUGGAGAAGAAGGUGUUGUCGGACCUCCCGGGCCUCCUGGUUUACCAGGCAUUAAUCCUGAACCAGGCGAUAUAGGUUUGAUAGGAAUAGAUGGUCGUGAUGGAAGGCAUGGCAGACCUGGUCGAAAGGGUGCACCGGGAGAAUCAGGUCGUGAAGGUCCAAGAGGAAUACCUGGAGAACCUGGAAGAUCUGAACCUGGAAUUAAAGGAGAAUCUGGAGACAAUGGAUUACCUGGUUUGUUAGGUAUACCAGGACGACCAGGUCCAAAGGGAUAUCCAGGCCCACAAGGACGAAAAGGAUACCCUGGCCCACAAGGAGACGCAGGUUUACCUGGAGAAGGCAUAAAAGGAGAGAUAGGUGGCCCAGGUUUACCAGGUAUGCCUGGACAAGUUGGCCCUUCAGGACAAAAAGGGGAAGAAGGUAGACCAGGCAUCGAUGGGAAAGAUGGAUUGAAGGGAAGACCUGGACCCGAUGGUUACCCAGGCCCACCUGGGUUCACAGGAGCAUUUGGUGUAAAAGGGACUAGAGGAGAAGACGGAGAGCCAGGUGGCGAAGGAUUUGUAAUUCCUGGACCACCAGGAGAUCAGGGUCCACCUGGGCUAGAUGGUUUCGAUGGUCCAAUGGGAUUCGAGGGUCCACCAGGCUUAGAUGGAGCAUUUGGUCGUAAGGGUGAUAUUGGUGAUAGUGGCCUACCAGGAUUUGCUGGACCUCCAGGGCCUAGAGGUCCGCGUGGUCCAGAAGGUAUUGCUGGACCUAUAGGUCUCAAGGGUUAUCCAGGUGCCCCAGGAAAUCGUGGAGAUCCUGCACCACCUCCUCCAGGACCAUUUAAUCGUGGAUUUUAUUUCACUAGACAUUCUCAAUCUUCAAAAAUACCUUAUUGCCCUAAAAAUACUGUGAAAUUAUGGGAUGGUUUUUCAUUAACACACAUUUUAGGAAAUGGAAAUGCUUAUGGUCAAGAUUUAGGUGCACCUGGAAGUUGCUUGAGAAGAUUUUCAACAAUGCCAUACAUGUUCUGUAAUAUAAAUGAAGUAUGUGAUUAUGCAAAUCGAAACGAUUAUAGUUAUUGGUUAUCAACAUCAGAGCCAAUGCCAAUGAUGAUGAAUCCAAUUCCAGCUAAAUCCGCCGGAAAUUAUAUUUCAAGAUGUUCAGUAUGUGAGUCGCCAACUCGAGUCAUCACACUUCAUAGUCAAAGUGUUUCCAUACCUGAGUGUCCAGCUGGUUGGGAAGAGUUAUGGGCUGGAUAUAGUUUCUUGAUGCACACCGAUGCAGGUGGUUUAGGUUCUGGUCAACAAUUAGUAUCACCAGGCUCAUGUUUAGAAGAAUUCCGACCAAAACCAUUUAUCGAAUGCCAUGGACAUGGAAGAUGUAACUAUUAUACAACAGCAAUUUCAUUCUGGAUGGCUAUAAUAAACGAUAAUGACAUGUUCCGAAAACCAAGACCAGAUACACUAAAAGCUGAUUUAACUUCGAAAGUUAGUCGAUGUGCAGUUUGCAUGCGACGUCGUAUAACUGAAACAGUUCGUCGUCCACCUCCACCUUCUCCGCAAAUUUACUAUCCAGAAUUAACAGAGCUUGAACGACGUUCUGAUUUUCCACAAAGUGUACCACAACCUCAACCCCAACCCGUACCCCAACCCAGACCCCCACCAAGAAUACGACAAAGGCCAGCAAAUAUAAAUCGUCCAAGACGACCAUAUCGGCCAAGGCGGCCUAUACCCGAUAGAUCGCCAGUGACAAAUGUAGGUUAAGAGUAAAAUAAAUAAUUUUUGUACUGUGUCAUAAAAAAGUAACAAACUUAUCACUGCCUUCCGAAAAUGUUAGUCAUUAGGUAAUAAAAUUGUCGUAUAAAACGAGAACGAAAA